AUGUUUAUGUGGUGGUCAGCUGUUUUACUUCUUGGAUGCAUUUUACUGGGAGCAGACGGGUGGCCAGCCAAGGAAGGAUACGACUUUAGGCCCUAUCAGCCCCUAGUGAGGUUACGCCACAAGCAGGAAAAGAAUCAGGAAAGCUCAAGAAAUAAAGGGUAUAUGAGUCAAGGUGGCCAUUCUGGAUCAUGUGAAAACAAGUAUUGUGGUCUGGGUAGACACUGCGUUGUGAAUGGAGGGACUGGCCAAGCGGAGUGUCUGUGCAUGGAGCACUGCAAGCCACAUUACAAGCCUGUCUGUGGUUCUGAUGGAGAGUUCUAUGAAAACCAUUGUGAGGUGCACCGGGCUGCCUGUCUGAAAAAGCAAAAGGUCACCAUUGUCCACAAUGAAGAUUGUUUCUUCAAAGGAGAUAAAUGCAAGCCUGCUGAAUAUGCCAAACUGAAAAAUGUAUUACUGGAUCUACAACAUCGGCGAUACAUUGCACAAUCAAAAGAUAAAACGGUUGAUGAGAAAAUGGCUUUAAAGAAACUUCUUGUAGAUCAAAUGUUUAAUUAUUUUGAUUCAGACAGUAAUGGACUUGUGGACACUAAUGAAUUAUCUCAGGUAAUAAAACGAGAUGAACUUGGCAAGGAUCUGUCUGACUGCUCUCUGUUCGAUUUGCUGAAAUACGAUGAUUAUAAUAGCAACAAGCACCUAGCUCUGGAAGAAUUCUACAGAGCUUUUCAGGUAGUUCAGCUGAGUCUGCCUGAAGAUCAAAAACUAAGCACCACUGCAGCAACAGUGGGACAAAGUGCUGUCUUAAGUUGUGCAAUCCAGGGAACUCUGAGGCCUCCCAUCAUCUGGAAGAGGAACAAUGUCAUCCUGAACAGCUUAGAUUUAGAAGAUAUCAAUGAUUUUGGAGAUGAUGGGUCCUUGUACAUUACUAAGGUUACCACAACUCAUAUGGGAAAUUACACCUGCUACGCUGAUGGCUAUGACAAACUCCAUCAAACUCAUAUUCUGGAAGUGAAUGUUCCACCAGUCAUCCGAGUCUAUCCAGAGAGCCAGGCAAGGGAGCCAGGUGUGACAGCUAGCCUUCGGUGCCAUGCUGAGGGUAUUCCCAACCCACAACUUGGUUGGCUGAAGAAUGGAAUUGAUAUCACUCCGAAGUUAUCCAAACAGCUAACUCUUCAAGCAAAUGGCAGUGAGGUUCACAUUAGCAAUGUGCGCUAUGAAGAUACAGGAGCCUAUACCUGUAUUGCAAAGAAUGAAGCGGGGGUGGAUGAAGACAUUUCCUCUCUUUUUGUAGAAGAUUCUGCCCGAAAGACCCUUGCAAACAUAUUGUGGCGAGAGCAAGGUCUGGGAAUUGGGAACAUGUUUUAUGUUUUUUAUGAAGAUGGCAUCAAAGUAAUACAACCGGUGGAAUGUGAAUUUCAGAGACAUAUUAAGCCUAGUGAAAAACUCCUCGGUUUUCAGGAUGAAGUUUGUCCUAAAGCAGAUGGAGAUCCAGUUCAGCGGUGUGUAUGGGCAACUGCUGUUAAUGUAAAAGACAAGUUCAUUUAUGUAACUCAGCCCACACUUGACAGAGUUCUUAUUGUUGAUGUACAGUCUCAGAAAGUUGUACAGGCAGUAAGUACAGAUCCUGUUCCAGUGAAAUUACACUAUGAUAAAUCACAUGAUCAAGUUUGGGUGCUGAGCUGGGGAAACAUGGAAAAGAAUUCUCCAACAUUGCAGGUGAUAACGCAAGCCAGUGGGAGUGUUGCUCAUCACACUAUCCAUACUCAGCCAGUGGGAAAGCAGUUUGACAGAGUGGAUGACUUUUUCAUUCCAGCUACAACCCUCAUAAUUACCCAUAUAAGAUUUGGAUUUGUUCUUCAUAAGGAUGAGCCUGUCCUCCAGAAAAUUGAUCUAGAAACUAUGUCAUACAUCAAGACAAUUAGUUUAAAGGAUUAUAACUGCAUUCCUGAGUCACUGGCUUUUACACAUCUUGGUGGAUACUUUUUUAUCUGCUGUAAGCCUGAUACCACCGGGGCUGUCCUACCACAGCUUAUAGUGGAUAGCGUUACUGAUUCUGUGAUUGGAUACAAUGGCGACGUAACAGGCACACCACACGUCUCUCCAGAUGGACACUACCUUGUCAGCAUUGAUGAUUCAAAAGGUCUUAUGAGGAUCCAGUCCAUAACAAUGAGAGGAGAAAUACAGGGUGCAUUUGACGUUCACACUAAUUUGCACAUAUCUGAUGUAGCUUUUCAGCCAUCAUUCACUGAAGCCCAUCAAUACAAUGUCUACUGCAGCUCCAGCACACAGACUGAUGUUCUCUUUGUGGAGCUUUCCUCUGGCAAGGUUAAGAUGGUGAAGAGUCUGAAGGAGCCUGUCAAGGCAGGCGAAUGGCCUUGGAACAGUAAGAAUCGUCUUAUAAAGGACAGUGGCCUUUUUGGUCAGUAUCUCAUGACCCCUUCCAAGGAAUCUCUGUUUAUCCUGGAUGGACGGCUCAAUAAGUUAAAUUGUGAAAUCACUGAAGUUCUGAGAGGCAACACAGUAAUUUGGGUUGGAGAAGCAUAAAGAUCUUUGUUAGAUAUUUACAGAAUUAAUAAUUUUACAGUACAUUGCACUUA